AUGGGGGGCGCUAUUAAAAAAGGCAGACGAUCCGUCUUUAAAGAAGUUGGUCUAGAACACGAUUUGGAUUAUCCCGCCUCUGCAUCAGCACCUUCACUGUUGUCAGGCGAGCAACUUGGCGCCCAUGAUAACGACAAACACUUGAGUGAUAGCUCUGAUAUCCAACGACAACUUAAGCAAGACGACGACCACAGUCAGAAUAACGACGACCCUCAACGCCCUCGGCAGUUAUCACUUUCGUCACCGAAGACUUGGUACACCAUAUUAUCAAACCCCAAAGGCCGACCCAGAAUCAAGAGCACUUCGGGUGUGUCCCCAGGCGUCUCGGGCCUGCAGCGCUUCACUAUGUUAGCGCUCCUCAUUGCCAUUAUACUUCCGGCGUUCAGUUGGCGAAAUGGCCAUUCAUUUUCAGAUAUCAAUGGCGCCAGUGCUGGUGUUAUUCAGAAGCGAGAGAUCAGCCCUACCAAGGUUUGCACGCGAUGGGGUCUGCAAGCCGCCCAGUUGAACGGAACACUUUACUUAUAUGGCGGUCGCUCAAGAUCAAAAGCCGACCAAGUCGAAAACACAUGGAACAACAAUUUCCUAACUCUGGACCUCACUAAGGACUGGGAUAUAGGCUCGCCCGCUCUCAAAGGUCUCGAGAAACCGGACGGUCCUCCCGAGGUCUCUAUGGGUUAUUUGUGGCAUGAUUACAAUAAUCUGUAUCUUUAUGGCGGCCAAUUCUCCGAUACACCCUAUGUUGAUCCCGAGCCCGAGUCUGUUUGGCGUUAUUCCAUCAAGGAUGAAGAAUGGACCGAAUUUAAGAACCCAAAAACCUCUGUCGGCAAUGAAUCAGAGCCAGGAAAUCGACCAGUUCACCGUGCUGCUGAGGGAGCAGGCCUGUCUGUGCCUGAGCUCGGCCUAAGCUGGUACUUUGGCGGCCAUCUUGACUGGGCCACCACCCCAGGCUGGUCGCGCAGUGUUGAUCGUGUAUAUCUCAAGAGUCUUCUUGAAUUCACACAUCCAGGCUAUGUUAACACCGGUGUCGAUAGCCUCUCUGAUGGCACAGGCGCAGGUGAAAGCGGGGCCUAUCGCAACAUCACAAAAGCGGGCAUUCAGACCGGUAACUUCACUGAGAGGGCAGAUGGUGUCUUGGUGUUUGUGCCAGGCUGGGGCGAGCAAGGUGUUCUUAUCGGCCUUGCUGGCGGUACCAACGAAACGUUUACUGAGGAUCUCGGCACAUUGAACGUAUACGACAUUGCCAAUUCCGAAUGGUUCCAUCAAGAAACGUCCGGGGAUACACCCAGCGUUCGUGUUAAUCCUUGUGCCGUCAUCGCCAGCGCGCCGGAUGCGUCAAGUUUCCAGAUUUACAUGUUUGGUGGACAAAAUCUUCCUUUUGGAAACCAAACGCAGUACGAUGACAUGUACAUCCUGACCAUUCCCUCUUUCACAUGGAUCAAAGUCGACCAAAACGACGACAACAGACCCGCUGCCCGAGCUGGCCAUUCAUGCGCCAUGUAUGAUGGUCAAAUGGUGGUUGUUGGUGGAGUAGGUGAGGACAUCGGAUGUGAUCCGGGCAUGUACGUAUUCGAUGCAACCUCACUCAAGUGGAAGGACCAAUUCAAGGCUGGCAAUCACGAUUCGGACCAUCAUCCCGAUAACUUCGUUCUCGCUGGGUCCCAUGGAUACGAGGUUCCGGACGCCGUGCGCAAGGUCGUGGGUGGGGACAAGGACGGCAGCGCUACCGUCACCACCCCCGCUGUGGGGCCGGCUACCGGUGGCCCGUUCUUAACGGGCAAGCCCCCGGUUUUCACAGUUACCUCCGGGCCGACAGCGACAGUACGGGUCGGCCAGACUGGUACUGCAACCGCUUCUCCGGAUAGAGAAGAAGACCAUGAUGGAGUUAACGGUGGUCUCGUAGCUGCAGGCGUAAUCGCUGGUAUCUUUGGAGCCCUUGCCUGUUAUCUUGGCUUCUGUGCCUGGCUCUAUCGCCGGCAAGUCAACGCCUACAGACAGCACCUCGCAGUAUCAAACCGCUACUCUGUUGCGUCCCACUCUCUCCUCAACCCUUCAGCCCUUGCUGCUGCUGGUACUACCCGCCCCAAGCGUGCUAUCUCCCAGCGCAGCCUCUUUGGCUGGGUCGGCCCUAGCCGCGAUCAGGGAUAUACCACAGAGCCCAAAUGGAGCCCUGAGGAUGAAGAUGAUACCACACCAGGCGCUCUCGGGUCCAGCAGCGGGUCUGGAGGUGCUAAGCGCAGUGAGGACACAAGACCUGGAACGAGUCAUAGCGGAGGCUCGACUGAAGGGCUACUCGAAGGCCAGGAACCGAGUUUCUUCAGCGUCGUCAUGGGUCCUCGCCGGGCGUUGCGGGUUGUUAACAAUGCAGAGUAA